CCCGAUUCAUAUCCAUCGCCACAACCAAAGACACCAUCGAAAGGUCUUACAGCUGUCAUCACUAGUUUCUCGACGACCGGCCAUGGCUGAGGAGAAGAAGCACCACCACCUGUUCCACCGACACAGCAAGGACGACGGCGAGGAGGAGGCGAGCGCCGGCGAGGUGGACUACGAGAAGAAGGAGAAGCACCACAAGCACCUGGAGCAGCUCGGCGGGCUCGGCGCCAUCGCCGCCGGCGCCUACGCCAUUCACGAGAAGCACAAGGCGAAGAAGGACCCCGAGAACGCGCACGGGCACCGGGUGAAGGAGGAGGCGGCGGCGGUGGCGGCGCUGGGCGCUGCCGGCUUCGCGUUCCACGAGCACCACCAGAAGAAGGACGCCAAGAAGCACGCCGCUGACAACUGACCGAUGAUGAUGAUGAUGAUGAGCUAUAAAUAAAUUCAUAUAGGCGCCUGCUUGCCUGCUUCGCCAUUGCUUGUUCUGCUUUUCGCGAUUGUGAGAUUGGUUCGUCGUCGUCCUUUUUGUUCCUUGUACGCGCCAGAGCCAUGGACGACGUUCUGGCACUGGUUUCCUGCGUGCCAGAUCGCCUUGGGCUCGACCGAUCCGUAUUCCUAAAAUAACUGUGUCUGUUUCCUCUGCACAGAUGUGUAAUAUAUGUAUUACUAAAAUACAUGUCUAGUUCUUACUUAUUUGGUA